AGAGUAAGAACAGGAGGAUCUAACCUGAGCCUCAUUGAGGAGCUUGAUCGGAAUACCGAUCGUGGAAGUCAAUUUACCCAUUGCGGAAUGUGCGUGGAAAAUCCAACUCGCGAGAGCGCAGAACCAGAAGACAGACAAGCGAAAAGAGGAUAAGACAGUCCGAAGAAAACAAGUGAAGAAUGGCCUCGAUUUCGUUACCGCGGGAUGCAACAAGACUUGACAGAUCGAGGAAGUUGGACUGGCGCGUUCCGUCGGCGGAGAGUUUUGCGGCUCUGCGGCGGUGCGGACGGAGCCAAGCCUUCCUCUCUCUCCUCUCAUCUCUGCUUUCCCUCCUUGAUAAUCAAUCUGAUACACUGGCCACGGCCCUCCAGAUCGAUUACGAUCAUGCAUUAGAUCUACGAGAUCUAUUCACUCUGAAACAACCCCAUACACGACCGCCCCAUACUAUUCAAAGAAACAAAAGAGGCAGAAAAUGCAGCCCCCCAACAGCAACCUCCGCGCCUUCAAUCUGGCCGUGACAACCCUCCUCAAAUCCCCCUCCCAAUUCCUCCCCCACCUCACCAUUCCAACCAUCACCCAUCUGCCCGAGAAUCUAGGCCCGGCUAUUCACCCCAAUGUCAGCGAAAAGAAGCCCCCCACGAUCCGCGCUCUCGUCCUCGACAAAGACAACACCCUCUGCCAUCCUAAAACAACCGCCUUCCCGUCGGAGAUCCUAGCAAAGCUCACGGCGCUACGCACAUCCGCAACGUCGCCCUUCAACAAGGAGAAUUCGAUCUUGAUUGUUUCCAACCGGGCAGGCAGUCACCCGCGGUAUGACGAGGAGGUGCGCGAGUUGGAGGAGACAUUGGGGGAGCUGAAGAUCCCCGUGUUCAGGCUACCUGAAGGCAGUGAGAAAAAACCAUUUUGUGGAAAUGAGGUGCUGGAGUGGUUCCGCGAGCGAGGAGUGGUUACUAGGCCGGAUGAGAUUGCCGUGGUGGGGGAUCGGUUAGGGACCGAUGUCUUAAUGGCCGUGGCCAUGGGGUCGUGGAGUGUUUGGUGUCGGGAUGGUGUGACCGAGGGGGGUCGCGAAAUGAACCUCCUCGAGAAGAUGGAGGCCUGGGUUGAAAAGUAUCUCCGCGAGUCGCGGGGAUUGAGGGCGCCGCCACCCAAGGGGUGGGAGAGUCAGUAAUUGAUGUCACUUUUGAUACCCUGUAUUAUAUGUUAAAUAGACUUGAUGAUAUACACGUCCUACGAGACUACAGGAACUGUUCAUGAUUCAGGUUGGACCUGAGAAUGUCUUCACAUCAGCUGUGCCCGGGUGGAGAUUGUUUCAGCUCCGCCACAAUAGGCACCAAUAGAACAAACUGCUACAUGCAUCACUAGAUAUGCAGACACCUCAGAUAAAUAACCAUCACAAAGGGAAUAGCAAACAAUCCUAACCCGCCAACCCAGAAGAAUCCAAGAAAUAAACCGAAUGUCGCCAUCUGAGUCUGACUUCUGGCAUAACCACGUAAACCCUGACCAGGUAUAAAC